AUGAUGGCAUCUGAAUACAAAAGGCGCGGAGGCAGCUACAACACUGCAAAGGAAGAAGGUCAGACGGAAUCUCAGAAACACCUUGAUAACUGGACGAAAGAGGAAUGGCAAACGAAGGAGGGGUCUGGUACAGCACGAAAAGAUGAUGAAUCGCGGAAAAGGUACCUUCCCAAGAAGGCCUGGGAGAAGUUGAGUGAAAAGGAAAAGGAGGAGACGGAAGAGAAGAAGGUAGAGGAGUCACAAGGGGGGAAGCAGUUUGUUGGCAAUACCACAGAGGCAAAAGAAGCGAGGCGGAAGGCUAGUUCAGGUAUCGGGGAUGAGGGUCAGAAGGUUGAGAGAGAUUCAGAGAAAAUUCGACGGAAUGGGAAGGCUGGUAAAAAAGGGACGAAAACGAACGAAGAGAAGAAUAAGGACAACCAGAAAAAUGGUGACGAGAAAGACGACGAGCAAGACGACGAGCAAGACGACGAGCAAGACGACGAGCAAGACGACGAGCAAGACGACGAGCAAGACGACGAAAAGAAAGGAAGAACAGGAAUGAAACGCAGUGCAAAGCAGGAUGAAGCACCAAAAAAGAAACAAAAAGACAGCGCUAGGAUGCAAAGCCUACGGAAGAGAAAGUAA